UUGAUUACUUUUGUAGUGAUUUGAGCCGGUGUGUGUAUGUCGCCAUUAUUUUAUCAACCGAGUAGACCUCGGUUCAUAGUAACCUAUAGCUUUAUAAUUGUGAUAUUAAAAAAAUGAUUUCAUUUCGAUUGUUUUUUUUUCUCCAACAUAGGACUUUGAUAUUUUUGCAACAACCGCAUUGCUAUAGUAUCUAGCUAGCUAACUGUUUUUCGCUAGUUUGGCUGACUGACUGACUGGCUAUCCAGCUAGGGACAAGGUUAGCAAAAAUCUAGCAUAAUCUGUCAUUUUUGUUUUAACAGCAAUUCGGCGUGUUAAGUAGUUGGUGAGAUUAGUUAACUAUCAUCUUGCCUUUUGGUUAGCUAAUAUCCUCAAGGCGGCAAAUUACGACAUUUAUAGUUUCGGUAACCGGUGGUGGCUACAUAGCUAGCUGACUAGCGGAUAUAACUAGCUACAGUAGCUUGUUAGCUAAUCGUAUUUCCACAAGAAUUUGAAAUACUUUUGUAGUUGGAGUCUACUGAUACGGAGCUGACAACAUUAAUCAAGUUUACAAGUAGGUGUCCAAGCUUGACAAGAUGUCAGAGGGAGAAGGGAAGCAGGUGUUGGACUCUAUCCAGGAGGGGAAACCAGAGUCUAUGGUUGCUUCCCCCACCGGUCAGAGUGUGUCAUCCGUGUCCCCCCCAGUGUCCACUGUGACACAGCCCCCUGCGACAGAGGACGAGGAAGAGGAGAGCGAGGACGAGUCAGAGAUUCUGGAGGAGAGCCCGUGUGGACGCUGGCAGAAACGCAGAGAGGAGGUGAACCAGCGCAAUGUCCCUGGGAUUGACAAUGCCUACCUGGCCAUGGACACAGAGGAGGGUGUGGAGGUGGUGUGGAAUGAGGUCAUGUUCUCAGAGCGAAAGAACUUCAAACUGCAGGAGGAGAAAGUCAAAGCGGUGUUUGACAACUUGAUCCAGUUGGAGCAUCUGAACAUUGUCAAGUUUCACAAAUACUGGGCUGAUGUGAAGGAAAAUAGGGCCAGGGUCAUUUUCAUCACAGAAUACAUGUCUUCAGGAAGCCUGAAGCAGUUUCUGAAAAAGACCAAGAAAAACCACAAGACAAUGAAUGAGAAGGCCUGGAAGCGCUGGUGUACACAGAUACUGUCUGCUCUCAGCUACCUGCAUUCCUGUGACCCUCCCAUCAUCCACGGCAACCUGACCUGUGACACCAUCUUCAUCCAGCAUAAUGGUCUCAUUAAGAUUGGCUCAGUGGCCCCAGACACCAUCAACAACCACGUCAAGACCUGUCGGGAGGAGCAGAAGAGCCUGCAUUUCUUUGCUCCUGAGUAUGGAGCUGUUGCAGACGUCACCACUGCAGUGGACAUUUAUUCCUUUGGAAUGUGUGCCUUAGAGAUGGCUGUACUGGAGAUCCAGAGCAACGGCGAGUCGUCGUAUGUGUCCCAAGAAGCCAUCAACAGUGCCAUUCAGUUCCUGGAGGAUCCACUGCAGAGGGAGUUCAUCCAGAAGUGUCUGGAACAGGACCCCAGCAAGCGGCCCACGGCCAAAGAGCUGCUGUUCCACCAGGCCCUGUUCGAGGUGCCCUUACUGAAGCUGCUGGCAGCGCACUGCAUCGUCAGCCACCAGCACAUGAUUCCAGAAAAUGCUCUUGAGGACAUGACGAAGAACAUGGACCUCAACCUGGUGAUCGUGGAGGUCAAGGACGGAGUUCAGAUGAAGCUUUCCCAGUUCCCUGCUCUUGAGCUGGACAAGUUCCUGGAAGAUGUGAGGAAUGGGAUCUACCCGCUGACAGCUUUUGGGGUACCUGGCCCCAAGCAGCCUGAGCAGGAAGCAGUGAAGUCCCCCAUCGUGCCCCCAUCAGUCAAAAGCCCCACUCCUGAGCCUGCAGAGAUGGAGACCAGGAAGGUCCUACAGAUGCAAUGCAACAUCGAGCCUGUUGAUGAGGGUGCCAAACAUCACCUUACGCUGUUGCUGAAACUUGAGGACAAGUUGAACAGGCACUUAAGUUGUGAUUUGUUACCAAAUGAGAAUGUGCAGGAGCUGGCUGUGGAGCUCGUUCAGCUGGGAUUCAUCAGCGAGGGCGACCAGCCACGACUCGCUUCGGUUCUGGAAGAGGCCUUCUCUAAGUUCUACAGCCGGAACGGAUUCUUGAAUCCGGUCACCGUAUCCUCAUAGCAGAGGAGCCUCACCCCCUCUGUCCUCAACCCCCCCUCCCUCCCCCUGUCCUCAUCCUCUCCUCAUCCUCUCACACAGGACUUUGUUGUCGCUCACAAAAAAAUGUGGGAAAGCUUUGCAGGGACACAGGGGAAAGCCUUGGCCUGUCCCUGUCCCACCCCUCACUAGGUGUUUUAGUAUUUUUUUGUACUUAUGCUUCUAGUAUAUUUUGUGUAGCCAUUUGCUUCUGUUUUAAAAGAAAAAAUGACUCGUUGUCACUUUAGUCAGUAUUAUGAGCUAUAUUUUGAACAUUUUUAAGGAGUUUUUACACACAACUAUCAGAAUUUUCGGUCUGUGAGCGAAAAUAUCUUCGGUCUCGCGUUCCGAUGUACUUAUGCAUGGUGCUGUGUGUGGGCGGAGUCUGGUUGUGAUUGGUCCUCUUCUCUACUUUCUCCCAGCAAACGAGGCAUCUUCCUUUGAUGUGAGUGUGAAUCGCCCCCCCAACUUCCUUUUGUAUUAUCAGAAUGAGAUGUAGCUGUAGUUAUGACGACACCUGUACCUGAGCUCAGGUGGGGAGUGGGAGAGCUGAUUGCAGUCCAAAUGUUGGGAUUAUUAAUAAGUUAUUUAUCAAUAUGGUCUAUCAUGAACUUUCAGCACGGAGCCGGUUGGUUCUUUUCGUGAAUGUUUAGUUCAUUAGGAUCCCCAGUAGUUGUUGCCCAUGCAGCAGCUACUCUUCCAGGGGUCCACAUACAAACGUUUCAAUUUGAUUUAUUCUAUGAGAAGGAACUUUGUCACUCGACUGUUUCUUACUCUUUAAAGUUUUAUUUUGCAAAUGUUAAAGUGGUCAUGCGUUCUUUUCCAAUGUAUGUUUUGGUGCCAUUUCUCAGACACAGUGAAACAGUAUUCACGUAAGGACCUCUGGUUUACACUUUAAGACUAUUGGUUUACCUCAAUAGUCACAUUCCUUAACAAAUAAAUUGACUCAUAACGUGUAGUGAAUACAUGCAUGCACUCUUUAUACCUAAAACUAAACUGGCUGCAAGUUAACAAUUAUCACUCCCUAAUUAACACUACAUUCCUAUUCAAUCAACCAUUGUAAAGGGAAGAUAUUUUUUCUUUACAGAAACUAAAGUGAGGAAUGUGGUUUGGACGAAGGCCUGUAUGAUAAACUGAGAAUAACGUAUUGUCAUAACAGACAUACAGUAUCAGUGUGGGAGUUACUGGACUGUAUCACUGAUCCUCUGAAAGCACACGUUCUGCUUGAAAUCAGAUGCAGCACAGAAUAUACUAAGAAGUCACAAACACCCACUUUCCUAGUAUCUGUCGAGUCCACUUGCUGCUAGUUUGCACUAAUGUACUGUUUUGGUUGUUUUAAUUUGUCUUUUCAAAUACAAUAACUACCACUGCUUAGGUAUGGUUUUAACCAGCAACGUAACGAUUUGGAUGUGUUAGGGGAGGGGUGUGGGUUUGGUAAGCGGGAUACAUGGGUUGGUAUUUUUCUUCUAUAGUGUAUGUCAUGCUGGACAUAAUGCUGUGUCUCGGGUAGGCAACCCUGGUCCUGGAGGGCCAGGUGUGUUGAAUAUUUACAAUCACUGAACUGAUCAAUUAGCUCUGUUGGCCAGGUGUAGUGCCGAGUUGGAACAAAAUGUCAAUGCACUCCAGGAACAGGGAAGCCUCUGCUGUAUCUGGCUCUGCAACACCUUUCUCCUUUUUUAAAUUUCACUUCCUGAAAUAAACACGACACCUAGCACUUCAAUGACGUGUUUGAUAUUUUAUGUAAUAGUGUUUUCCUUUUGAAUGUUUGUCUGCUGAAGAAUAGAUAAACUGAUGUCUUGCACAGGGUUAGGGUCAGUUCAGUCAGUAAACUGAAAUUCAAAUUUCACAUUUAUUCAUAGAAUUUGAUAUUGGAAUUUCAGUUUACUUCGCGGGAAUGUAAUUGACCCCAGCCCUGCUUGCAUACCUAUCAUAUUACCAGGUGCAUGCAGAAAAACGGUAUGCUCAAAUUAAAUAACUCCAGGUAACUGGUGAUGCGCCACUGAUGGAAUUGAUCUUAUAACCAACGUUUUUUUUCUGCAAAGCUUAUUUCAAACUUAAGAAAAAUCAGGUUCUGUGGUAACUGGUUAAUAUGUACAUUUUUUAUUAACUGUUUUGUAAGAAUAGCUGGAGCCCUUGAACUAUAAUAUGUAUGUACUUGCACAAUCUUUAGUCACCAAUGACAUUGUGCCCAAACAACUAGUACUGUAUUACACACACCAGUGUCAUGCUGACAGAAACAUUGAUUUACUAAAUUAAAGCAGCAAACUUCCAUGUGAAAAGUACAUCAAGCCUAAAAAGUAUUGUUUCAAUAGAAAACUGUAAACAUGAAUUCUAACAAAAAGAGACCAAAAAAUGGUAAGAUCAAUUUAAUUAGUAUUCAUCUAUUUCAAAAACAUUUCAGGAUGUGUUUUCAAAUUCUUUACAUUUUGUGUGUGUGUAAAAAAACAAAAAAGACUACAAAAACAUUACAUAUCACUUCAAUUCAAACACAUUACUGUCUCACAUUAGUGUUUUACCUCCUAUUUUGAAUUCAAUUUUUCACAUCGCUACACAAUUUUUGGUCCACAAAAUUUCAUGUUAUAUCCAUGUUAUUCACAACGCUGCCCAACUUUUAUAGACCAUAUCAAUUUUCAGAUUACUGGUGACUUGUAAAUGGUACAGUGGUGUCAACCACAUCUGGGUUCAAAUACUAUUUGAAAUCUUUUAAAUACUGUAGCGUUUGCUUUAGUCUGUCUCGAAGAGUUUAAACCCAGAUGGUCUGGGUUUCAACUCUUCCAACUAAGCCAUUGGUUCCAUUGUUCCAGACAAGCUCAAGGAAGUAUUGAUUUCAAAUAGUAUUUGAACCCAGGUCUGGUACGACCUGAUCAUCCUUUAACUUGAAGUGACACUGUCCAAAGGACCCAAAAGGUUGAUAAUCAAGGCCAGGGGUUUGUCCACUGGCAAUACAUGCAUUGAAUAAACGUUGCCCAUCAAUAUAAGGCAAAUGAAUAAGAGAGAGAAACCGAAAACAACGACAUAAGGACAGAGUUGCUAAGAGUGAGCUCAGACAGCCCAAUUCUCUUCCAACCUAAUCUUGCUCAACCCAAAUCACAUUACACGGUACAUUGUGUCAGGAUUCUGAAUUGAAAAGCCAACCGUGUCCUAACUGUAGAGGACUGCUAAUUCUUAUGUAGGUGACAUUACUGCUAUUGCAUUGUUAUAACUGAGACAACACAUAGCAACGUAUUUUCACAGUAAAGCAUGUUGGGCCCCAUACAGGAUACUCCUAGCCACAGGUGCUGGCCGGGAGUUCGGCCAUAACUCCUCUGAAGAUAGGGACGCACACACAUUACACACUGACUCCUCUGAAGACAGGGACGACGCACAUACAAUACACACUAACUGCCGAGGACACACAGAUAAGACAUACACCCACACAUUGGGAGGAAGAGACACAGCCUUGACUUGCAGACACAAGCACACACACACAAUCUCCUUCCUAGCCAAACAUUGUGUGACUGAGAACAGCCCGACGAGACCCGGAGGAACGACGGACGGCUCAACAGGACCAAUCCAAGAAGACAACACCUCAACUGUGGCCAACCAAAAGACCGUGACUUCCAGACUCAACCUACUUUCUGUACUGUACAUAACAUGCUUGCAAUCUGUUAUCGGGGCUUCUUUCUGCUGGUUCCUUGUGAGCCAAAUGAAUGAGCCCGUAUACGUUGUACCAGAUAUCUUUACUCUGAAUAAACUGUCGCUUGUCACAUAAUUGA